CUGCAAAUCAUCAUUUACCAACACCAAAACAUGGAUUCAAAGAAGCCCUAUCUCGCUAUUAUUCUGAUCCAAUCUAUCUAUGCCGGCAUGUUCUUGCUCUCCAAGGCCGCCUUCAAUGGCGGAAUGAACAAUUUCGUCUUCGUUUUCUACAGACAGGCGGCUGCAACUAUUUUCUUGGUCCCUCUCGCUUUGUUCCUUGAAUGGAAAUCUUUGCCCCCUCUAUCAUUCGGGACAUUCUGCAAGAUCUUUUUGCUGUCUUUGUUCGGGAUAACUUUAAGCUUGGAUAUCAAUGGUCUGGCCCUGGUUUAUACAUCUGCAUCUUUAGCUGCUGCAACAACAAAUUGCCUGCCUGUCAUCACUUUUUUCUUGGCAUUACUACUCGGGAUGGAGGCAUUGAGAUUGAAGACAAGUGCUGGGAUUGCAAAACUCGCAGGCAUCAUAAUUUGUUUGGCUGGUGUACUCACCCUUGCCCUAUACAAGGGUCCCCAUUUCGAAGUUUUCUGCCUCCGUCACCUGUCACAGCAGACCCACCAUGCCCAAACACUCGAUACCGCUACUUCCUCCGGUCUCACAUGGAUCAAGGGUUGUAUCCUCAAGUUGAUUUCUGUCACCUUUUGGGGCUUGUGGCUCGUCUUGCAGGGACCGGUCUUGAAGAGCUACCCAUCGAUGCUUCUAUUCACGGCUCUUCAGUGUUUCCUAAGCUCGAUUCAGUCAUUCGGUAUUGCUAUUGCUCUGGUAAGAGACCCUUACGAAUGGCGACUCGGUUGGAACGUUAGGCUCGUCGCGGUGGCUUAUUGUGGCGUUGUGGUGACAGGCGUGACAUAUUACCUACAAUCGUGGGUUGUUGAGAAGAAAGGGCCGGUUUUCUUGGCCAUGUCAACACCAUUGAAUCUCAUCUUCACAAUGUUGUGUUCUGCAUUUCUGUUGUGCGAGUUUACCAGUUUAGGAAGUGUGGUAGGGGGGCUUUUAUUGAUUGCUGGGCUAUACAGUGUGCUGUGGGGAAAAACCAAAGAGCAAAAACUGAUGAAUCAAAAUUGUGUGGAUAAAGAAUGCACUGAGCUAACUAUUGUUACAGCCUAACCUCCAUCGUUAUCG